AUGUCGUCUCGUAGCCAUGUGGUAGUUAGUGAAAGAAGAUUAAGGCCAAUUUAUGACUGUUUGGACAAUGGUAACAACAAGAAGGCUAUUCAGGAAGCUGAUAAAGUUCUCAAGAAACAGAAAAACUUCCAGUGUGCCAAGGUAUUAAAAGCUUUGGCAUUGUUAAGAUUGGGUCGACAUGACGAGAGUUCUACAAUCCUGCAGGAGGUUCAUGCAGAACACCCAGAUAAUGAAGCGACGCUACAAGCAAUGUCAAUAUGCUACAGAGAGGUUCACAAAUUGGAUUUGAUUGCCGACUUGUAUGAAAAUGCCCACAAGUCGAGGCCUGAUCAUGAGGAGAUUUUGUCCUGUUUGUUCAUGGCACACGUACGACUUGGAGACUACAAGAAACAGCAACAGACGGCAAUGCUGCUGCACAAACUGAAACCACAGAAAAACCCUUAUUACUUCUGGGCAAUAAUGAGUAUUGUCAUGCAGGCGUACAGCUGUCAAGAUGAGAAACUGGCAGCCUCGAUGUACCUUCCCCUUGCCGAACGGAUGACAAAGAAAUACAUCACUGAUGGAAAAAUAGAAGCAGAAGCAGAAGUGUUGCUGUACUUGAUGAUUCUAGACCUUUUAAAGAGAUGGGAUGAAGCUGUAGAGUUAUUGGAAGGUCCUCUCGGAGUUCAGUUUGUGAAUGAACUGAACUUCCGAGCAGUCCAGUUGGCUGAGCUGUACAAGAAGUUAGAAAGAUGGCCUAAGGCGAAUGCAGCAUACAGACAGUUAAUACAAGACAGUCCUGAUCACUGGCAGUUCUGGAAAGAAUACCUGGAUUCUGCAUUUCAUCUCAUUGACAGUAAAGAAACUGUUGAAAAAUCAGACAGUGACCUGCAAGUUGAUGAUACAGUUGAAAAGGUGAUUGCUUUUCUCAACCAGCAAAUAAAAGGUUGUGAAAAUGGCCGACCUUUCCGUGGACCAUACCUAGCACAGCUUCACCUUGCCAAGUUGCUUCUCGAUCGCAAACAUGAAAGUAUAAAACUUGUUGGAUGUCCUCUGGAACUGAUGAAGCAGUAUUUUGAUCGCUAUGGUGACCGAAGCACAUAUAUUGGAGACAUGAAGCUCUUUGUGGAUAUUUUAGAUGGGUCUCAGCAACAAGAGCUAGUACAUCACAUUACAGAUUCACUACAUCUGUCUGCCAAUGAUGGUACAUUCAUUUAUGCAAACAAUAUAAAACAACUACAGAGACACGUAUCAGUAUUACAGCUUAGUCGAUACCUGGGAUACCAAGAUUUGAUGACAGCACAGGAAAAAAUCAGCAUGUCUAAAGAACUGCUGUCUAGACACAAGGAUGGCCUCAAGUUUGGCAAAGAUCUCCUUUCUACAGAUCUACAGUUCAGUGAUCCCUAUCUCAUCCUGGCAGCUCAUCUGUUACUAGAUGCAGCAAAACAGCUAGGUACUCCCAAUUUGAUAUGGCAAGUUGUGAUAGAGUUGGAGCAGGGGAUGAGACAAUCACAGGCAAACUUUCAAAUUAAACUGCUACUUAUCCGGUUAUAUUGCUCAAUGAGUGCGUUUGGUCCGUGUCCUACUUUGUAUGAUGGGAUGGAAAUAAAACAUAUAAUGAAUGACACACUGGGUCAUACUGUGUCAAGUCACGUAGGAAGGCUAGGUCACUUUGUGGCAGCUUGUGCAAUGUAUGGAACUAUGCUUCGCUUUUUCACUGUCAAUCAUAAAGAGACAACAGAAUAUCUUUUGUCUUCAUACAAGUAUGGAUCAUUUGGAAAGAUCAGUGAGUUUGUGAAAUUCCGUGAAAGGUUGCAAGAUUCUAUACAGUACGCCAGUGCAACUGCUGAGAGACUGCUACUUGAUCUCAUUCUAGAUACUUACAAUCACUCGAGUACAGAACAGAUGAUUACUUACAUGGAAAUUGAUCCAGAGCAAGAUAAGACUAAUUUUGAUAAACUACGUGACAACCGAGACUUUAAAGUUAUGAGCUGUUGGGACCCUCCCUCUAGGUUUAAUUUGGAUGAGUUACAACAGCAGUCAUUCAGGGAAGAGAAAGCGUGGUUGAGAUUGAGAAAUUUGACUUUGAGAUUACUGGCUGCCAGUGUCAAGUUGGGGCACCAGUGCUGUGAGAACAGUAAUAAAAAUGGUGUGACCAAUGGCCCCGCCUCACUGCCUGAUAUUGUCGAGGAUUUGCUGUCACAGCUGCAGUCUCAUCUUGAGAAAUGCCAGUCUUACAUUAACCCACCUGAGUAUCCUUAUCAGGGCCCCUUUAGAACAAGAAUGUCUUCUUAUCUUCACGGAGAACACCACAAAGUUUUGACUGCUAUGGUGAAACAUGUUCUAUAUGUAAAUAGUAUACAAGAAAAUGGUAUAGAUCAAUGUGAAGAAAAGAACAUAGAAACAGAUGUGCCAUGUCUUUUUCAAGGCAUAAUAUCGAAAUGUCAAGGCAGCUUGGUAUCGUCUGAAAGUGAUACAAACUCAGUGAAACCAGAAGUGCUAGAAAACCUUGUGAUAUGUACAGAGACGCUGUCCCAUGCUACAAUCCUGUGUGGAGUCUGUCUACGAGUGCUAAAACCCUUGAAGUCGUCUUGGUCAAGGAAGAUCAAGAAGAAGAAAGAUGUCAGUCCAGUACAGCCAUUUAUUUUUGCAAACUUUUGUGAGCUUGUGUCGGGGUUAAUAUCAGCAGGGAAGAAUCUUAACGAAGCUAUCAAAAGCACUGACCCGGUGUUUCUGAGUAUUGACAUGAGUGCACUUCAGCUGACACCGUCAGCCGAUAAUGAUCAGGUUUUUGUUCAACAUGAUGAGGAAGUAGCCAAAGAAAUGUGGAGCAAAGUUGAAAAAAGUUACCAGCAGUCUGCACGUGAAAUGAUAGACCUUGUUAAUUUUAAGAUACAAUACCUGCACAGUUUAAAGUUGUGAAGACAAUCACCUUUAAUCUCUUCACGUUAGAUUUAUUGAUUAUGCUAGCUUUAAAAGCCUUCUAGUAAGUUGAACAAUAUGUUGUGGAAAUGUAUGAUUUUCACCUGCUGGUGUACAGUGAACGAUCUCACAGCUUUAAAACGCAAUAAUGCAUAGUUUCAAGUGAUCACAGUGAUUAACAUUUUCUGUACCUUGUACAUGAGACUGCGAUAAUGUAAGGUUCAGAAUGCUGUUCUCGCAUAUAAUAAUUGUGUGGAUAUGGCCCUGCGACAAUUAUGCAACUUCAUAGAUAUUUUACCUGCACAGCUUGAAUCCAUUUGUUGUGUGGAUUAUUUAUUUUCAAGGCAAAACUGAGUAGUUGACCUCUCCAUCAAUGUGAUAUCUUUAAGAGGCCCUAUAAUUAGAGGUCUGUAUAUAAUAAUCAUCCACUGCAUAAACUUCUGUUUUCACCAGAACUUGAGUGUGAUGGUGUAUGGCUGAACCAGUGAGAGUUAUUGGGAGAAUCAAUGUUCACAUCAAAUCAACAGUAUUACAUAAUGAUAAAUCCUAAAGAUGGAUUGUUUGACCACCAUAAUAAAUUGGUGAUUAUUGCUGGCUUUUCAGAAGUUCAGCAGAUGUUAUUCUGUAGUGCUAAUAAAAUAUCUUUACUACAGUACUGUUAAUUCCAGUAGGUUUUGACUGCAGAGUUAUGCUGAUUGGAGUGAUGUAUUGCCCAGUUAAUGUUGAUCAAAGGUUUAUUAUUCCAAGUUGUUGCUGAUCAUAGGUUUAUAAGGUAUUGUGCCCUGGCCAUGAGUUCAGACAUGUGCUAGAAACAUUGCCCAUUACAGACUACAAGGUUGCUGAUCAAACGUCAAUGGUAUUUACUCAAAUGUUUGAAGCUUGAUUACAUGUGGUUGAUGAUAAAAAGUGGUUAAAUUUACAACCUAUAACUGAUGGUAAGAGAUGUGUACCAUCUUGUUGAUGUACCAUCUUGGUGAUAAUUUUGCUAUGUGUGUUACAUACAACUUUUAACCAGAUAAUAUUUAAGACUGGGGCAAAUCCCAUCUAAUUGAUGGUGCUGAGAAGUAAGUAUUAUCCAGUAUCAGUUGAAGCUACAUGAAGUGUAUUUGAGAAGACUCAAUUUGAAGUGAGAAUUAUUUCAGGGAUGUCUGGAUUUAUUCAGAGAUGUGUCAUUUCAUGGAAAAUGCUACUUUUUGUACACUGGAAAUGUGUGACUGAUACAUGUAACUGUGCUUGAAAUUAACUAAUUCCAUCUUUUAUACAUGAUGAAUAUGUGUAUAUAUAAUUUCCUUGAUAAAAGGCAGUGAGUAUGUUUUGUUCAUAUUUAUGGUACAACCAGUAUUUUAAGGGGAAAAGCCUUACAUCUGUUGGAUGAAGUGUUUGACCCCAUGUGGAGUGUUGUUGCUGGAAUGAAGUGUUUUUUUUUUAUAUGAAUAGUUCACACAUGCAUCAUGUGUCUGUAUCAUGGUAUAAAGUCUUUCCUCAGUAAGCCUUCUGUAUUUUAAUUUAUCCUAUAACUUCCCCAUAAUAUCUACAUGUAUGUCGUAAACCCCUUUGAUAUUUACCAUUAUUAAUUCUGUUAAUAAUGUUUUGCUGUCAAUGGGUCAUAGUGGCAUAGGCAGGGGGAGCACAGGGGCCAUCCCCCCAAUCAAACCUUUUGCUUUUUAACUAUUAAAUUUUAUAAAAUCAUACAUACAUAGUGUGGUUUGCGCCCCCCCCCCCCCCCCCCCCCCCCCCAAUAUAAAAUCCUGGCUACGCCCAUGAUGGGUCAUUUGUUUACAGCUAAGAAGACUUUUAUAAGGUUUUGAUGAGAUUUUGAUGAGAUUUAGUUAGUGUGUGACAUCAAACUACAUUUGUGCUAACCAUGAUAACGAUGAGGCAACUUCAGAACUUAAUUUACUAACCAAAUAUCAAAUUAAAAUGUUAUUUUAGAAGUGUUAUUGUACUAGUCUGUGAGUGACAGUUCUUUGAGCAGUGUAGGAAGGAUGUAUUGUCCAGAAAAAGACACCGUUAGCUGUCCUAUAGGUGAGGCACUAGAUAAGAGAUUCACGGAAACAACCACUAUUUUGCCAAAUAUCCAUUCAACUCUGCAUUGUGCAGAGAUACAGUUUCGAUCAUGGAUAAUGUUCAGAUUUAUCUGACAGCAUUUGCCCAACUUAUCCUAUCACAUUGUCCAAACAUGAAAAAGGAUUUGUUGAAUUUUGAUCCCACCUCAUAAGCUUACUUCAUGCUUUGUUGUAAGGGGGACUUGAAUAUUAUAUGACUGUCCACUCCAACAUAUUACCAGUUUAUAUAAUAAACAUAAACCAAUCAUUUGAUGCAAAUGGAAAAGAAAACAAGUUGAAGUGUGUAUUGGGGGAGUGGGGGGGUGGGGGGGGGGUGAAUGAAACUACCAAAUGCUUUACAUUCAAUACAUGAUGAUUAAUAAAUCAGUGUGGUCUAAUGGUGUCGUCAAACAAAGCAACUACUGGUUAUAGACCAGCUGAGCAUAUUCCAUUCGGAUUGAUUUAAAAUAUACUUCAAAUUGUGGUUAAAGCAACCAUUUAAUAUGUUUUAGGAUACCAAAACCCCAUAGUUUAAUGGGUGUUGAGAUGUAUGCCAUUGGGUUAUAAAGUAUAGAAUGAUGCAAGUCAAAUACGAUUGGCACAGUAAGGGAGAUUACUCAAUGACAUGCUCUGAUUGGUCACAUUGUACUAUGUUGCAGAUUGACAACCAGAUGAAUAUGCAUAAUCAUACAAAUAAUGACACAUGUUGCUGUUAAUAGUUGGUCUUAUUACCAAAUCUAAGGUUAUGUCUGCUUGUUGGUCAUGUUUCUAAGAUUUGACAGAAAUUGCAUUGUUAAUAUUUACAUUUUAUGUUAAUAUAUUUUUAGCAUACUGGAUAUAUGUGGAGAGAAUGUUGAAAUAUCUCGCAUUAUUGUGAGAAACAAAGAGUGUGAAUUUAGUUUAUGCGUGAUGGAGAAACUACAAAAUAAUGUCAAUCCAAACUUACUUCCUUGUGCAAUUAUGAUCUUACUCUUCUUCUUUUUAUAAUAGGCUCAUAAUGUUUUGUUACAGGAGAGAAUACAUUUAUGGCAGUUAAUUGAUUGACUGAUGGUUUGUAAUGUUUAUCAUAAACUCUGUGGAGGGCCUGUGUACAGAAAGAAACGUUUAAUGACACCACAGCACAUUACUUAACCAUUAUUUGUCAUACAUGUGGCAGUUAAUGGACAGACAUGUAGAGGCAAUUGGUGUUAAUGCAAACUUUAAUAACUUGAUGAAAUUAGAGCUGACAUUUUUAAAUACAUUGUUUACUGUAACCCACCCAACUCAUAAUUAAAGUCACCAUGAUAAUAAUUUAUCUCUGCUUCUCGUUUUUCUAAAUUUGGUAUUUAAUUGUAACCUUGUUUUUGGCAUAAUUUAUGUACUGGCCCGAUAUUCCUUUUUCAAAAAGUAACAGUGACUUUGAGACAUUUGCACUUAACUGUUUUGACAACAAUGAAUAUUCACGUAGCAGACCAAAGUUGCAAAACAUCUUUGUCUUGUACACAUGAAACUAUAUAUUUAGAAUGGUUAAAUACAUUUGGUCCAGCAUCUUUUAGUUCAAAUAGGCCAUUAUAUACAAAUAUUUUUAAAUGUCUUUCACCCACCUUUCAAAAACUGAAAGAAAAGGAACAAUAAAAAAAUUAAAUGUACUAAACAUGCAACCAACCAUUUGAUGCAAAUAGAAGAGAACAGUUUGAAGAAGCGUUCAUUAGGGGUGGUGGGGGAGGUCAAACAAUAGUGAUUAAAAUUGGCUCCAUUAAUGGUUGUAGACCAGUUGAGCACAUUUCAAUCAAAUUGAUUAAAAAUAUACUUCCAAUUGUAGGUCAACCAUCCACUUAACAUGUGUUUGAUUGAAAAUGUUAAAAUAACCAUGUGUUGGACACCAAAUAGCCAGUUUGAAAUGUGCCGAGAUGUUGUUAAAAACAUUUCUUUCCUUUUUGUUAUGUUUUCUUGUCACUUUUCCUUGUUCAGUCGACCACAAAAACUUUUUCAUUUUUUUAAAUGUAUGUCUACAUCUUCAACUUUUAUAUAAUAGGCUUGUUGGUGAUAUUGUUUGAUCAAAUCAGUUAUUUAUCCAACAAGUGUUUAAUAAAUUUUAAUUUACAAAAAAAAAAGAAGAAAAAGGCUGGGUGGGUAAUUUUUUAAGUACAUUGUACACUACUUAGUCAAAGAAUUGCUUAAGCAUACCUGUUCCGUGUAUUCAAAAUUCUGUUCUUGUGCCCGUUCACAAAUCCCAUAAUACAUGUCCAUGUACCUCACAUAGUGGUGUUGCGAGAACUGUUGUGAAUGCAGUUUUCAAUACACGGGUUGUGGCCAUAAAGUCUGACUUUGCCAGAGAAUUUUGGGUGAGCAGGUUUAAUAAAUAGACUACAACUUCAAGCUUUAUAAUACAUGCACUGAUGAAGAGAUACAGCAAACAGUAGCUAUAACCUGGACGUUUUUUGAGUGGUAGAUCCAUGAAUUGAAUUAUUAUGUGGCAGUAUUUGCACAGAUCCAAGAAUAAAAUAAUGAAGGUUUAAAAAAAAAAAAAAAAAUUCUCAAACUGCAUAAUCAUAACUUGAAGAUCUUGCAACACAUAAAGUAAUGGACAUGGUUGAAUGUAACAACAUCAAUUUAAGUUAAAGUAAAUAUUCUGCACAUCUUGUUUCAUUUUGCUCCAAAGAUAGGUUUAAAUAGUUCCUUAAGUUUGUAUGUUAAAAGGAUUUGUAGUUAGAUAUAUUUUCAUAAUCUAUUGGAGUGGUUCUGUGUUUACUUCAAGACAUAUUAGUUAUUAAAAAUACUCAUUAUCAUCUACAUGAACAUAAUUCAUGACCAUAAAUUAAGGAUUAAUUUUUUUUUUAAAACAUUGGCUAUAUUACAUAAAUAUAGAGAAACAAAAAUAUUUAGAAAUCGUAUCCAUGUACCGGGUACUUGUAGUUUACAUGGUAUAUUUGUGUGCAAGCCACCUUCAGAGUCUUAUUGAUAUUAAAGUGUAUAUGAUCCAGUAUGUUCAGGUAAGCUACAUUGUAUUUAUGAAUUGUUGUUU